CGUGGCUUGGUUGUCGGAAGUGAGUUGUCCUGGCGGAAGUCAGGACCUGGUCUGGGUGUCAGUGCCUUGACGAUGGCGGUCAGUGGACGUAAGAGACUUCUGCAGCUGGUGACCCGGUUUGGGGUGCUCCUGCUGACCCGGUGCCCGUUCUGGUUUUGUUUCAGCCAGCUUAUGCUGUAUGCAGAGAGAGCAGAGGCCAAGAGGAAACCGGAUAUCCCCGUGCCUUAUCUGUACUUCGAUCUGGGAGCAGCAGUGCUGUUCGCCAGCUUUAUGUCCUUCGGUGUAAAGCGCCGCUGGUUUGCCCUUGGUUCUGCCAUGCAGCUUGCUGUAAGCACCUACGCGGCCCACGUGGGAGGUCAUGUCCACUAUGGCGACUGGCUGAAGGUACGAAUGUAUUCUCGAAUCAUCGCUGUCAUUGGCGGCUUCCUCAUCCUGGCCAGCGGAGCUGGAGAAAUCUACAGACAGAAGCCUCGUAGCCGAUCAAUGCAGUCCACAGGACAGGUCUUCCUGGGCAUCUACCUCAUCUGUCUGGCAUACACUCUACAGCACAGUAAGGAGGACCGCCAGUCCUACCUGGACUUCCUCCCAGGAGGGGAACCGGCUCUGCAGAUCCUUUUUGUCCUGUAUGGAGUGCUGGCACUGUCCUUCCUGUCCGGCUACUACGUGAGGUUCUCUGCUCAGGUACUCGCCGUCCUGCUCCCCUUCUCUCUGCUCCUCGUAGAUGGAAACAUUGGCUUCUGGCACAAGGACCGUCGGGUGGAAUUCUGGAACCAGAUGCGAAUGAUCGGACAGAAUGUUGGUAUUUUUGGAGCUGCUGUCAUAUUGGCUACAGAUGGUUGAGAACAAUUCUAUUAGGUGGUCCUAAUUCAGCAGCAAACCAAUGGCACACAACUGUUUCAAGUUCUUUUGUAUCGUCCUCAGACUUUCACGGGAGCAUUGUUACCUUUUCAUCGGAAUGGCUCGGUAUCUAUAAAACCGGUCCCAUAAAUCAUUGUUCAUAUCACCCAGAAUCCUCUGCUCUGUGGUCUGAUGGCAUGAGGGGUGCACCGUUUUAUUUACAUUCCAUAUUUCUGCCAUGCUGAGUAUAGGAGUGUUUUUAUAUGCAUCUUGAUUGUUUAUGUGAGUGUAAGCUCUACAGUAAUGAAGGGCAUUAGCUUCCAAUGGACAGAAUGAGUAAAAAAAACUAAAUUGAU